AACCUAGGGAGAGAGAGAGAGAGAGAGAUAGAGAGAGAGAAUUUCAUGGUCCACAAACCAGAUUAAUUCGCUUCUCAACUUGGAUCAUUUCCUUCCAUCGAUCAAUGCUCAGUCCCCACACUCCUCCCACAAGAGGACCUUUUCACACGUUCCUCCAUUUUUGGGAUCAAGCAGAUCUUGCCCUCCAUAUAUAGUUUCUCUAUAUUAAUUACGUGCUCGCUCCACUCGAACAAGAAUAUUAGGCUUUGUACGAGAUGGGUCUCGAUGAUGGCGCUUGUGAUGCAGGCCUUGUUCUUGCACUCGGCUCUCAAGACAAGCCAGAAAAUCACUUGCAUCCUGAUCAAGAAAAGAAGAUCAAGAUCAGGAAGGAGACGUUUUCCUUAAAGUAUGAUCACUUGUUCCCUUCUCUUACGUUAGGCCCAUCAGAUCAUGAAACUUCCACAUACAAAUUGUCAUCAAAGAUGCCGGAUGCAGAAAAAGUAUGCGGUGUCGGUGAACCUGUAGAUUUGCAAAAGCAGGCUGCAUCUUCUGUUAGCCCAGUAUCAUCAUUUUCAAACUCCUCUAGCAUCAAGAGGGAGAGAGAAUCCGGGGGUGAAGAAGAGAUUGAGGUAGAGAAAGUGAUGAUCUCUUCAAGGGUAAGCGAUGAGGACGAAGAUCAGGCUAGUCCAAGGAAGAAACUUAGACUUACCAAAGAACAAUCAACUAUUUUAGAAGACAGCUUUAAAGAACACGCCACUCUCAAUCCAAAGCAAAAGCAAGAUUUGGCAAAACAGCUGAAUCUACGGCAACGACAAGUAGAAGUUUGGUUCCAGAACAGGAGAGCCAGGACUAAGCUGAAACAAACUGAAGUAGAUUGUGAACUACUGAAGAAAUGCUGCGAGACACUAACAGAAGAGAACAAGAGGCUAGAGAAAGAGCUCCAAGAGCUGAAAUCAUUGAAACUAGCAGCUGCACCUUUUUAUAUGCAGCUUCCGGCAGCCACCCUUACUCUCUGCCCCUCUUGUGAGAAGGGUUCUAAUCCUGGGGACGUCUCUUCCACGAGCCCUUUCUCAAUUGCAAAGCCAAAGCCUCAGUUCCAUAAUCCCUACAACCAUCCAUCGGCAGCUAGCUAAUUAUAUCAUUAUUGCUCAGGCAAUUACCUAAAUUAAAGACCAGAAAGCCAACGUUUUUUGUUCAGGAUUCUGUGUCAUAUAUAUAUAGGAAGACAUUAAUUUAGCUUAAUUAAUUUGUACAGAUCACUGGCUAGUGGCUAUGAUCUAUCUGUGGUAUAAGAAUUAUUGGCUAGGUUAAUUCAUUUCUAUAUAUUGUCAGUACUCUCUCUGGAAAUAUGCCUUCGUAAUUAUUUAAGAAGUAUGAAGCUAGGGAUAUAUUCUUCUU